AUGUACACGGAUGCCGCAAAGACGGCGGAACAGGCGCAGCUGCGCACGGCGGAGGAGCAGCGCCGUGGUGCAUCCCUGGCCACCACGCAGGGGCAGCAGCUCGACGUGCUGAGACAGGAGUUUGCGCGGCGAGAGAAGGAGCUGUUGGCCGCCGUCAAGGUGGACGCUGAGAGCAGCGACGGGCAAGCGGUGCUGGCGUUACUGCGCAAGGACGCUGCCGCCGUGGAUGCGGUUGGCGAGAAGGAACUCGACGGCCUCCGUAGUGAAGUGGAGGAGGAGCGUGCGAAGUGUGAAGCACUUGUGCAGUCGAAGGAGGCGAUGCAGGAGGAACUCAAGUCGCUGAGGCGCGAGACGGCGGAGAGUGAGCGGCGCUACGUGGAGCUGCAGGGGAAGCUGCAGGAGGUGGUCAGCGAGUACGAGCGGCAGCUGGAAGAUGCCGCUGGCAGCGCCGAGAAGGUGGCCGACAUGGCAGCAAGACUGAAGGAGCGUGCGGAGCAGCUUGAUCAGAUGCGGGGGCUUCUGGAAAAGCAGAAGGCGCUCAUUGUGAAGAGCAACGAGAAGACGGAGUUCUUCCAGCAAAGGCUGCGGGAGGUACAGGCAAACUCCGAGCGUCUGGAGAGCAGCUACAGGGCGAAGCUGCAGGAGCGUGACGAGAACUUCCAGCGCGCGCUGAACCAGCGGCUUNCAAACUCCGAGCGUCUGGAGAGCAGCUACAGGGCGAAGCUGCAGGAGCGUGACGAGAACUUCCAGCGCGCGCUGAACCAGCGGCUUGAGGAGUACGCGGAGGACCACCGCACCGACGUCACCCAGCGAGAGGAGAAGUUGAAGAAGUUCAAGAAGAAGAUCAAGAAGCUUGAGGCGGAGGUGGAUCACUGGAAGGAGGAGUACGACCGCAAGGUGUGCGAGUGCGAGGAUCUGCGCGACACAAUCGAGGAGCAGAAGGUGGAGCAGAUGCGCCUGCUGCGCCGCAUGGACAAGACGGAGGAGGAGGCGGAGGUCUACGAAAAGAAGGAGCAGAUCCAAAACGCGCUGGAGCGUGCCAAGGAGGAGCAGCGGCGCAAGAAGAACCUCUUCGCACUCGGCGAGGUGGCGAAUGUGCGGCGGGCCGAGUACUGA